AAGUUUUUUGAGAUGUUUGUUUACAUCACAAUAAUUCUAAAGCUAACCUCAAUGCUCUUACGUAUUUAAUAGGUUAAGUAUAAGAAAGUCACAAAUAUUUAUUAAUUGUAGAAAUAAAACCUUCUCUUUUGAAAUUUAGAGUACCUCAGAAGUUCCAAAAACAUUUUUUGAACGUUUAUUGUCAUCCAGGAGAACAAUGGUCAUGUGGCUAUGUUUAAUUCUACAGUUUUAGAUGUAGAGUCUGGGGAAAUCUGUCAUUCAAAGAUGAUGAAUAUCGCCAAGGACCUUCAUAUUUGUGGCAUAUGUCGGAAAAUAUUCAAUGACAUUCAACAGUUCCUUGAUCACAAACAGAAAUGCUACAUCGUCGAGAGUCACGAACCACAAUCGCCGAGCACUAACGAUACAUUAUCGGCAAAUGGUACCAUUCCUAGUCAAACGGUGAUGGAGUUUUCGCUUCUGCAAAGUGAACCUUUCCCUCUCGACUUGUACUAUGACAACGAAGAGGUGGUGGGGGACAGCAUCACACUGCAGUCGCAGGAGGAAAUAACGCCUCAGGAUCAGCUGAAUGAAAUACUAUCGUCCAGUCAAAUUGUUAACGGAGUAGAUCAAGAAGGUGUGGCCAUUGAACUCAGUGAGGAAGUCAUCGAUGAGGACUUCACAAGAAACAAACUGUUGGACGAGAGGACAGGGGUGAAUGUAAAUACACAAGUUGCUGGUUCUGUAUUUUUAAUGGACAAUAAAAACUGUGAAAAGGAAACUUUCGAAGAAUUCAUCCCAAAGAGUAAAGCUGCAGAAAAAUGUAACAUUUGCAAUUUUGCCACAUUUUUUCACCGAGAUCUUUUGCGACACAUGCGGAAACACACAGGAGACCGUCCAUACAAGUGUUGCUACUGUGAUAAAGGUUUCACGAGAAAAGACAAGCUGACUGAUCACAAGCGUAUACAUUUGGGGGACAAGCGUUUCAAGUGCCAAGUUUGUGAAUACCGAACAACGGAUAGUGGUGCGCUUAAAAGGCAUUUGCGUAUUCACACCGAUGAGCGUCCAUUCAAAUGCCAGCUGUGCCCGUACCGAGCCAGGGAUCCAUCUCACAUCACGGUUCACCUUCGUACACAUACAGGUGACAGCCCCUUCUUUUGCCAGCAUGAAGAUUGUAGUCGGACUUUCAAAACCAGUUCUGAUCUCAAAAGACAUAUGAAGGACCAUAAGCCGGACAGCCUAACUUCACCAGUUCUACCUUCUGGUGGCACCAGGGUGGAAUGUUCUCAUGGAAAUGUUCCAAGAGGGAAAGCUGGAAAAGUACUCAACAAAUCGAUUCGCUGCUACAGUUGUGAUAACCAAAUCAUCAAAGGUGUAAGACGCAGAAGAGGGCGGCGUGGUGGCCACGGACGCACUGCGUGCCAGAGGACUCACCAGUGUCCACACUGCAGCUCAGCGUUCGUGCGACCAGACUCUCUCCGCAGCCACAUGAAACUGCACCGCGUCAGCACCCCUCUGCCAGACGAACCCUCAGAACUUGAAGAAGAUAUAACAGAAAAGGAGAACAGCGCAAAUAUCGUUACUACUGAGCAUAAACUGGGGGUCCUGGCCGGCGAAGAAGCAGCAAAGGAAGAUCCUAAUCCUCGUCUCUUCUUCAUCAGUAGUGUAGAUUGCCCGGAAUCUCUGAUGCCUCUUGUACAGGAUGGCACGAUCCAUUACAUUGCUGACACCUCUUUCUUAUAGCAUAGGAUACAUUUUCUAUCGUUGAUUUGAUACUUGUAAAUGCGCUUCUUCCUUUCUAAAAUAUACCUGUUGUAGAAAA